GCUAGCACUGGCAUGCCUGGACAAGGACUGACACCACCAUGCGGCUCUCCAAUGCUGCUGAUGAUGCUGACGUUCUCGUGGCUGCCUUCGGGAGGCGCCCUGUCUCUGGCCCAGGAGCACCUCCCGGUCUUUUCGGGACCCUCAGACGCGCACUCCAGCACGGAUGUCUCCAGAGUCCAGGAGUUUCGGAAACGCUACGAGCACCUGCAGACCAGGCUGCGGUUGAACCAAAGCUGGGCUGAUUCAAACCCUGACCUCAUCCGUGCAGCUCAAGUCCGGAUACUCACUCCAAAGCUGCGACUUGGACCGGGCGGCCACCUGCACCUGCGCAUCGCCCGGGCCGACCUGACUGAGGGGCUCCCCGUAUCCUCCCGCCUGCAUCGGGCGCUCCUCAAGCUGUCCCCGACGGAGCCGAGCUCGUGGGACGUGACUCGGCCGCUGCAGCGUCAACUCAGCCUUGGAGGUUCCCGGGCGCCCACACUACGCCUGCGACCGUUGCCUCCGUGGGACCGGUUGGGAGCGACGUUGCCUUCUGCACGUCCCCAGCUUGAGCUGCACUGGCGGCCACGCGCGGCCAGGGGGCGCCGCAACGCGCAUGCGCACGCCGGGGACGGUUGCCCCCUCGGGGAGGGGCGCUGCUGCCGCCUGCAAAGCCUGCGCGCGUCGCUCGAGGACUUGGGUUGGGCCAACUGGGUGGUGGCGCCUCGCGAGCUAGACGUGCGCAUGUGUAUUGGCGCGUGCCCAAGUCAGUUCCGAUCGGCUAACACGCACGCGCAGAUGCAGGCGCGCCUGCACGGCCUGAACCCCGACGCCGCGCCUGCGCCGUGCUGCGUGCCCGCCAGCUAUGAGCCGGUGGUGCUCAUGCACCAAGACAGUGAGGGUCGCGUGUCGCUUACGCCCUUCGAUGACCUUGUGGCCAAGGACUGCCACUGCGUAUGAGCGGUCCUAGUCUUUCACUUACGGCUCGUGAUCAGAGAUCCUUGCCUGUCGAAUGGGCUUGUGGGACCUGAGAUGCCCGAUUCCCACCACUGCUGUCUACCCCGUCCCGCUCAAACCUCUGUAUUUAUAAGUUUGUAUUUAUUAUUAAUUUAUUGGGAUGAUCUCCCUGGGGACUGGAGGGCUAGGGAGGGCUGGUCUGACGGUGUACACUUAUUUAAACUGUGGUAAUAAAAAUGAAGUUGU